CAGUCCGAGCCCCUCUGAGCCUCAGAACCAGGCAGACUUCGAAUCUGCACCUUGGGAUCGGACUGGACGUAGAAAAGACUCUCGGCAGGGUCAGUCUUCCCAGGCCUCUGUACGAACGUGCUGUGGAAUCUGCAGCGGGGAAUCCAGGAGCGCAGGGGAGCCGGCAGCUUGGAAGGUCCUGCCGCGGUGCGUGGCGGGCUUCCACCCGCUGCUCAGAAUACAAACGGUCGGCGGGAGAAGCGCGUCCCGGUGUCGGCGUCGGGCCGCAGGGAGUCGUUGCUGGAGGCUGGGCUCCCGGGGCUCUGGGAUUGCGCAUGCUACCACCCCUUCUGCCCGUUGUGCGGGUCCGGAGGCCUUUGGAGCCCGUUCUUUGCUCGGCCGCUGCUGGAUCCCAGCUGUACCUGUAUCUUACUCUUCUUCAAAAUAUUUAUUCUGCUGGUACUGAAGAGGAUGUGUUCCAGGGACAUACUUUGUUGACAGAAAUUCCAUUACCAAAGUGAACUCAUUUUAGAGGAGCUUCAUUCCCAGAGAAUUCAAUACUCAAGGUGAAAAAUUAGAUAAUUUCCAAAGCUGGAGCUGAAUCAAAUGUUAAAUAAUGGCAACAGGUGACUUAAAAAGAAGCUUACGGAACCUAGAACAAGUGCUUCGCUCGCUAAAUUAUCCUAGAGAGGUGGAUUGUGUAGGUUUGGUAAAGGGAGACACAGCAGCCUCUCUGCCCAUCAUCAGCUAUUCCCUUACCUCAUAUUCACCUUAUGUAGCAGAACUUCUGGUGGACUCCAAUGUAGAGCUCAUAGCAAAGAAUGACUUACGCUUCAUAGAUACUGUCUACAAGCUUCUUCGUGAUCUAUUUAAUUAUAAACCAAUCUUGACGAAAAAGCAGUUUCUCCAAUGUGGAUUUGCAGAAUGGAAAAUCCAAAUUAUAUGUGAUAUUUUGAAUUGUGUGAUGAAAAAGCACAAGGAGUUGAGUGGUCUUGAGAAGGCUCCAUCACAACAAAGAAAAAAAAUCAGUUCUGCUAAGUCAGAACCUUGUUCAAGCGCUGAGAAGACAUCAACUGAACCUGUGGGCAUUGACGUCACUGGCAGGUUUAUGACUUCGGGAAAGAAGAAAGCUGUGGUGAUCCGGCACCUGUACAAUGAAGAUGGUCCUAACAUUCCUGAAGAUACAGUAACAGAUGUUAAUGAAGCAUUUGAUAUUUGUGACUUAAAGGCUGCUGAAAUAAAGAUUUCUGAAUUACAGGUUCCUGAAAUUAAGUGUGAGCAGCAAGAUACAGAAGUCAAUCCUGAGAUUAUUGCACUACAGACUAUGCUUGCUGAAUGCCAAGAAAAGCUGAAGAAACUGACUUGCAUAGAAAGUAGAUUAGAAUCUUUGGAAGAAAAAAUGAAAGGGAAAGUGAUGGUGAAUGAAAAAACCUGGGCUGAUCUUCUAAGUCGUGUCACUCUUCUUGAAACAGAAAUGCUUUUAUCUAAAAAGAAUGGUGAAUAUAUAGAGUUUAAUGAGAUGAGUGAAGACUGUGCUUCUAGUAGCGACAUGGAUAAUCUCAAUCCGGAUAGAAAAAGCAAAGAGGAAAGGCAAGCAAAUAUUCCUUUGUCCUCUGGUUAUCGUAUGGUAUCAUCCGAUUCAACUCCCAGAACCUCAACUAUUAAUUACUGUGGUUUGAAAGAGAUUUCUGAGGUAAGAAGAACUGGCAACUACUUAGGUGAUUUCCUCUGUAAGGUCAGGAUAACAAGCAAGCAUUAGAUUUAGUUGCAGAAGCCAUGGGCAAGAAAAACAGUGAAACUGUAAAUCUUAAUCUCAUAAAAAUUCUUUGUGAUAAAUAAACGGUACUUAAUGCAAUGUUUUAGACUGUGUUCUAUAUGUUCACGGUCCAUCUCUGAUUAUGGUUUACUUUGAGAAAUGGCCUAAAUUUGUUGCUUUUUAAAUUAAAGGAAACAACAAUCCAAAAAAUGGAAAGGAUGAAAAAAAUGUAAGUAACAGAAAGGGGCAACAGAAAUUCAUUUCUCUAUAGGGAAUUGUGUUGGAUUACGAUAUAUAAAGAAUGUGCAUGUGUGUUUCAAACCUUGAAGGUCUCUCAAUCAGGUGUGGAAUUUCCUUCAAGACUCCAGUGGAUAAUAAAUCCACCUCCAGUUAUGUGUUUGUGAGAUAAGUCACUGUUUUUGUUUCCAACAAGUGAUGUAAAACAUUGUUAAUGGAAUUAAUUGGAGAUUAAAGAGUGCAGUGAUGUUUUUGGUUGAUAAUCGAGAAGUUAUCUAUUUUUGAUAACUACUUUAUCAAAAUAUUAAAUUGUGUAUGUAGAUGGAUGGUUCGGAGACAUUUUAAGUAUUGUGAAAGUAUUGCUAGUCCUUUUCAGAAAAUUGUUGGUAUGGUAGUACUAAAUAUGAUACUUUUAUCUAGUACAAAUAUGAAAUUACAUGAUUUUUUUAAAGAACAGUUGAAAGAAAAUAUGAAAUGAAAUUGUGUAAGAUUAUCAUGCAGCCUACUACUUUAAAAGACUAUAUAUUUUUUUUUUUUUGGAAAUUGAGAUGCGCCGAAAUAACUUACGCUUCAAGAAUUAAAGACACAUAAUUGACUCCAGUUGUUUUUCCUCCCCUUCUGGCCAUAGUAUACUUAUUAACAGUAACUACCUAUAAAUAAUCACUGAAAUUUAUUUAAGGCUCAAAAGCAUAACUGCAGCAACCUAGUUCCUAUGCCUCACUAUGAAUUUGUUAUUUACUUAAUAUAUUAUUUAUGUAUUAUAUUCCAGGUUUGAAGAAACUGCAGAGUUACUGAAAUGUCCAAAUCACUAAUUAUAGAAUUUUCUGCAUGAACCUCUCUAGGACUUUGGCUCCUGUACAUAGAGUUCUCUAUACAGUUUUAAUAUACUGUAAUAUUUUUAUUAGAAUUUGAAUUCCAUUUGGUAUAUUAGCUUUUUCAUUCAAUGUUGAAUAAAUACUUAAAUAUUUUUGUGCUGUGCUUAUACCGCUUUACAGUUUUACUAUUCUUAGGAAAACUUAGGUGCCAGUACAUUUCUUUUACAGCGUGAAGUCAUUCCAGCACUGUAUUUUUGUGUUGACAUUUGUUGGCAGCGUGCUAAGUAGUUUUUUCAAGUACAGGCUUGAGGACCAUGGUUUACAUCCUGUUGGAAACACUCCACCUGGGACUUGCAUAUUGUCUCCAGGAGGCUCUCAUACAUACCAUCUUGCCGUCUGUACUGACGAAUAUCUUGCAAUGAAAAAGUUAAAUAUGCUCAUUGAGAUUGAAAUACAACAAAAAUACAGCUAUUUCACGCUCAGUCAAAAGGCAGCAACACGCUUUCAGUUAACGUUGAGGAAGUUAGGUUCUCCUUUUGUAUUUGAAAGCAGGUUGGACAAUGGUGAAAAUGUGCCGGGUAUUUUAGUGCUCUACUCUGUAACACAUUUUAAGAGCAGCAGCUCAGACCCAGAUGGUGGCCAUUCCUGUAUUACAAGAUACACAGUGAGAGUUUUUUUGUUUCUUGUUUUUUUAAAUGAUGGGAAGUUAUAUAUCUUUCUAGAGAGAGAAAAAGUCUUAGAGGAAGUUAAAUUAAAAGAAAAAUGAAAUUCAUUUUAAAAUACUAGAUAAAUUCUCUUAUUUAUUCCUAUGCUUAUAUAAAUGUAAUUUGAUAUUUGUCACCUAUGGAACAUUAAUAGUAAGUUAAAAUUCUAAGUAGAGAUAACUUCUAAGAAGGCAUUUUUAAUAUUCUACUACAGGUACAUGUAUAGUCAUCAUACUUUAAAAUUAUGAACUUUUGAAGUUAGCAUACAACUUUGACUUUAGUAGUUUCAGCAAAUAUUUCUAGAAUUAAUGAAUCCAAUUAGCUUAGUUUUUUCAAUUGUAAAAAAUUAUGAGUCGAGAUUAUAAAAGAAACUACUUUGUCCAUUAAACUUCUAAAAAUUCAGCAUCAGCAUGGAAUUGUAGCACCACCUUGUGGUUUACAUGCCCGUAUUUUACCUUUUAUUAAGAUAUGUGAUUGCCUGUAAAACAUAGGAUCAUAUUUUCCCUUUUGAAAAACUCAAUUCCAAUUUUAAAAAGAAGUGUUUUUGAAAUUUUCUCUUUUGUGCAAGAGAGAAGAAAAAAUCGUCUUCUUUUCUCACGGUCUCUUUUUCCCCUCCCUCUCCUUUUUCCUUUAUGUUAGUGUACAUAUAUACCAAUUAGAUGAUUUUAAGCAUUUUAAAUUUCCUGAUAUACAUUAAGUGUUCCAAGUAUAAGUUUCUAUUGAAAAUACAGUAAAAGAUGUCUUAUAUUAUCUAGUGGAAAUUUGGAAUCCAAAUUUUUUUUAUACUUUUAUCUAACAACUUAAACAGGAACUAAUGAAAUCAACACGUAACGCCACCAGACAUUUAUACUUACAAAGAAUCUCACUGUACUACUUUGACAACGUAAUCUUUGGGGAAAAAGAAAGCAAAUUUGACUUCACUGAAGUUAUUGAAGAGAGAACAAUUAUUUGUUAUUCUAAUUCUCUUAGAAAUAGUAGAAAAGAAAUUUCCCUCUUAGGUAAUUAGUAGUUGGUAACCACAGACCAGCCCCUUUUGAUUAACUUGAAGGUCUUGAGAAGGUAAGGGAGGGGAGUCCUGGAGAGAUUUGGAGCUACAUAAUUAAACCCGUAGUUAACUGGAAUUUUCGCUAACUCCAUCCCCUUAAUUCUCCCGUAAGUGGGAUGAAAGGUAAUGUAUUAUACUGACCGCAAAGGCAUCAGCAGCCGGUGUGGCCCUGUUUGUACUGUGCGCUGUGAAUACAGCUGCACAGAGGUCAAAUAGAAACACUAAGAAUGCAUAAGGUGAAGUAAGAAGAAGUAAAGUCAACCGUAUGAAAAUUCUAGGCAAAGCCAAGGACUAUUAAGUUGGAAAAAGUAGUUCUGUAUUUGUUUGUUUUACUUUAACGCUUAGUAAUGUAAUGUUUUAACGUGUAAUACAUUCCCUAAAAAAUGGAACUUCAAGCCUUUGGAGCUGCAUUUCAUGCUACUCAUUCCUCACAGCUUUACAUCAUUGACAGGCACUUGGAGAAGCAUUAAAGAGAAAAAGAACCUUGUCAAUUUUACAAGCUACAGCACUUUUCGAGCUCCUAUAACAUUAUAGAUUUAAUUUUUACUUUUUAAUAAUCCCAAGGUUCCCCUAGUGAAAACGUCAGGUUGUUUAUACUACUCAUUCAAAGAGUGAAGAAAGCGGUAGCGACCCUGAGAACGUGCAGAUUUAUUGGGGUGGGAGGGGAUUUUUUAAAAUCCAUACUCAUUUUAUCAUGGUUUUUAUUUAUUUCUAAUACAUGUAGGAAUGGGUACUGUAUAGAAUGUAUGUCUUAUUUUUCUCUGAAGUCCACUAAAUCACUAAUAGAAAUUAUUCGAUUAAAAACAUUUUUAAUGCAAAGUAUUCAA